AUGUCUAAGAGUGCGCGGUCGCACUCGGUCCAGGCACUCGUUCAGGCUCGCGCGAGAAAUGAGCGUCUGAACGAUCUUACCCUACCCUCACGCCUCCCAACGGAGACAUUGGCAAAGAUAUUCGCUCACUUGGUCGAGAUUUCACCUCUUACUCUGGUCUAUCUAGCCUACGCCGACUGCCCUGUGGACGAACGCAAAGACCUGGGUUGGCUCUAUGUCACGCACGUGUGCCGGCGCUGGCGCGCCAUCGCCAUCAAUGAACCCACGUUAUGGAGACAGUUGUCCAUAACUCUCGACCGAGUAUGGGACGUCUUUCUUGCACGAGCGAAGAAAGCUCCUCUUGUCAUAAAGUACAAUUACUACACCGGUAGCCCCCCGCCCCGGGAUUUGGGGCGCUGCGUACGCUCCAUGCUUCAGCAUCGAGACCACAUCCAAGAGCUUGACCCAGGCUGGCUUGACACCGCUCGUAUGCUUGAACUGGUGCAAGGCCUCACUGGACCUCUUCCGCACCUUCGACAACUUAGGCUGCAGACAUUAUGUGCCGUGGAUACUCCACUGCUGUCUCUGCCGACUCACUUCUUUGCCGAAUCUGCACCCAAUAUACGGCUGUUGCAGCUGUCUGGCAUCGCAUUUCCAUGGGGCAGUGGCUCUUCCACCAUCACCUGCUUCCACUACGGAUGCCUCCAUGGGCAGAAUCCAGCCGCUUUUGAUCCAAACCGUCACACCUUCGCUGAAGUUGUUUCUACGCUUCAAAACAUGCCAGCGUUGAAGGACUUGAUGUUGGUUGGCGCUGUCCCCAGCUAUCGGGAGGGCGACAAGCAUGCCGAGAUCCAGCUUCCACAGCUCGAGGACCUCCAGAUCACCUCUCGCGAUGCGUCGUCGUGGCACCUAUGGACCCUGAUCCAACACCCCUCGUAUACCAGUAUCUUUAUCCGCAAUACCGGCCCCAUGGGCAUUGCGUCUACAACCAUCGGCUCAAUCAUAGCGUCGAGGCUUCAUGCCCACCUGUCCUCCUAUCCAUUCCAUUUUCGAGCACUGGGUGUUCAUGCACCCGAACCUGGAGCCAUCGAGAUCGAGCUCACAGACGCGGUACCCAAUAUUGUGGAGAACCCAGCCCAUACACCCAGCGCAGCAGAAACUGUAGUAGCGGGCAAUAUCACAUUAUGGCUUUGCACGGGCGAUAUCGAGCCCGCGGCGAGGCAGCUCAUCUCCGCAUGCGCAGCCGUUCUCGAGGGCAUCCGAAAAGUCAGCAUUUUGGGAAACGUCGGCAGCAGCCAUGAUCUCUAUGACGCUUUUUCACCUGCGCGGUCGGUCACGACCUUGAAACUCGACGGCGCCGUCGGGGAGGUCAUUGCUGCCCUCAUCCCUGUCCAAAUCAAAACCAAACCGUUCCUGACGCACCGCGGCGUUAGCUUCUAUCGUUCAACUCCAGAAUCAACGUUAUUCCCAGCCCUGGAGGAGAUGGGGUGUGUACAUGUUGACUUUGGCGACUGGUGUCAUCAUGCCGGUGAAAGGAUGCGAGUACACUCGGCUCUGUAUAUGGCCCUCUCGCAUCGCUCAGAGGUCCUGGGGAGGACUCUCGAAACUCUGGACGUUGACGGGUGUGACGACAUGUCACUCGAAUGGGCAAAGGGAUGGUUACGGCAUGUUGCCCGUUUAGUGAGUACCGAGCUGGCAAUGGAUCUGGAGGGUGACGACGAUUCGGAAGAGAGUGAGGGAGUGUCUGAAGGCGAAGAUGAGAAUGAGACGGACUUUUCUGAAUGA